CCAGCCCAGUGGUCUACCACAGCAAGAAUAGUGAUCUGCACAGCUCGUGUGUCAUAUCCUCAUUGCUCGUACGCCCGGCAGCGGCAGGCCAGCGCAUCAUCACGGUCAGAUAAGGCGAAGCUCGUCGUCAUGGCAACCGCCCUGCCCCUCGUCGCGCUGCUCGUCGCCGGGUGCGCGGCGCUGGCCUCGGCCACGACGUUCACCGUCGGCGAGUCGCAGGGCUGGACGACCGGCGCCAACUACGACAGUUGGGCCAACGGCAAGAGCUUCGCCGUCGGGGACACGCUAGUGUUCCGGUACGUGAGCAAGGCGCACACGGUGACGGAGGUGACCAAGAGCGGCUACGACACCUGCUCCGGCUCCGGCGCCAACGCGCUGAGCGACGACGACAGCGGCUCCACCACCGUCACGCUCACCACCCCCGGCACGCACUACUUCAUCUGCAACGUGCCCGGGCACUGCGCCAGCGGCAUGAAGUUCGCCAUCACCGUCUCCGCCACGCGCUCCGGCGCCGCCGCGUCCGCGGCCGCCCCGCAGGUUCCGGUGGCCUCCGUCGCUGUCGCCGCGGCCGCCGCGAUCAAGCUCUUGUUCUUCUGACGGCGGAGCUGAGCACGGCCGUCUCGAUCUUCGGAGUCUCAGGGUAGAGACAGUGCAUGCAUUGCAGGCUACACGUUCUUAGCCGCUGACGACAUUCUCGUGUAAUAAUCCAUCAGAAAUUGCUGUCCAUAUUUCUGCUACGUUUUCUGGCGAUUGCUCGUCGUGCAGCAGCUCGUGUACUACUUACGCUGCCGUGGCGUGUCCUUUUGACGUCUGUGGCUGUGUGUACUGUAUUCGUCAUCAGGUGUACAUCAUGUCUGAUCGUUUUUUGUUGGGUGUGAAAAUAAAAUUUGCUCCUCUUGUGUUCAAUGGAUGA